GCUGGCAGACCACGGUCCAUUCAUUGCUACAUCACGCACUUCAGCCGACCUUUACGACAGUCCAUUCUUAACGACCGUCUUUCCAGCCUCAGCGUUCUUCAGCAGCCAGAAAACAAACCAUCAGCCAUCAUGCCUGUCCCAAGCUACGGAGCUAUGCCCUUGAGCAAGACCUUCCUGCUGGUCCGGAUCAUGCAGGUCAUCUCCAUGAUUGUUAUCAUCGGCAUCACCUCCAACUUCAUUUCCAACAUCGUUGCGACUGGUAUCGAGGCUCCUAAGGAGUUCGUCGGAACUCUCAGCGUGACUUGCAUCGCCACUCUCUACGUCCUUGUCAGCGUUGCCUAUUUCUGGUCGGAGGCAAACCUGGGCCUUCUCAUCAUGACGGGUGCGGACGGCCUCCUGCUCAUCGCCUUCAUCGUUGUUGCGGUCACGGUUGGCAAGCCCAUCUCCUUCCUCAACUGCUAUGUCAUUGGGAAGGCAUCCAGCCAGGUCGAUUCCGCGUACGCCUAUGCCUUUACCAGCUCGGUCAAGGACAACCUCAACGUCAUGGGCGACAGGCUUGGUUACACGCACUGGGCCGGCGUGACCAAGAGCAACUGCUUCCAAGCAAAGGCUGUGUGGGGGCUCAGCAUUGCUCUUUGCAUCCUGUUCACCACGUCUUGCGCCCUGCUCCCGACGCUCUUCUACAAGAGCAAGAAGGCCAACGCGGCCCCCAAGGCUGUUGAGGCCUAGACGUCCGCACCCGGAGCAAUACCCGCACACCGCACACCAUUCUCGAGAAGGACUCGAGGAUGAGCGAUCCGCCAACCACGGUCAUUUGCUAGCCGUUCAUUCACACAAACACACAAAAACA